AGGGGCCUGGCCUCUGCCCGGCCCUGGAGCCGGAGCAGGAGGUGUUACCGUAACUCUGCUAUCCCGACUGCCAGCGAUCCCGGGGGGCCCGGGCCAGGGAUCCAAGAUGUUGAACGUCCCUUCUCAGUCCUUUCCGGCCCCCAGCUCACAGCAGCGCGUCGCCUCCGGGGGGCGUAGCAAGGUUCCUCUAAAACAGGGCAGAAGUCUGAUGGAUUGGAUUCGAUUGACCAAAAGUGGAAAGGACCUUACAGGAUUACAAGGCAGGUUAAUUGAAGUAACUGAAGAAGAACUGAAAAAACACAACAAAAAAGAUGAUUGUUGGAUAUGCAUAAGAGGGUGUGUUUAUAAUGUCAGCCCAUAUAUGGAGUAUCAUCCUGGUGGUGAAGACGAACUAAUGAGAGCAGCAGGAUCAGAUGGUACUGACCUUUUUGAUCAGGUUCAUCGUUGGGUCAAUUAUGAAUCCAUGCUGAAAGAAUGCCUGGUUGGUAGAAUGGCAGUGAAACCUGCUGCUCCUAAAGACCAUUGUGAGGAAAAGAAAGUCUUAAAUGGUAUCCUUCUCAAGAGCCAAGUGACAGAUAACCUUGUCAAACAUGAGCCUGAUUCUCCAAGCUAUGACUGGUUCCAGACAGACUCUUUAGUCACCGUUGUCAUAUAUACUAAACAGAAGGAUAUCACUUUAGAUUCAGUAAUAGUUGAUCAUCAGGACAGUUCCUUUAGAACAGAAACAAUUAUCAAGGACUUUUCAUAUCUUGUACAUAUUGGUUUGAAUCAUGAGAUUCAGGAGGAUUUUUCUGUGCGAGUUGUUGAGAAUGUGGGAAAAAUUGAGAUUGCCCUAAAGAAAAAAAAGACUACUCAUUGGAAAUGUCUUGGACAACCCUUGGAGAAUCAUAAUUCAUUUAUCCCAAGGAAAGAUACAGGUUUGUACUACAGAAAAUGCCAGUUAAUUUCCAAGGAAGAUGUUACCCAUGAUACAAAGCUUUUCUGCUGGAUGCUGCCACCAGGCACUCACCUUCAGGUGCCAAUUGGGCAACAUGUUUACCUCAAACUAACUAUUACAGGUACAGAAAUAGUGAAGCCAUAUACACCUGUAUCUGAAUCUUUACUCUCAGAGUGCAAAGAACCAGUUCUUCACAACAAUAAAUACAUCUACUUUUUGAUCAAAAUCUAUCCCACUGGACUCUUAACACCAGAACUUGAUCAUCUUCAAAUUGGAGAUUUUGUUUCUGUAAGCAAUCCUGAGGGCACUUUUAAAAUAUCCCAGCUCCAAGAAUUAGAAGAUCUCUUUUUAUUGGCAGCUGGAACAGGCUUCACACCAAUGGUUAAAAUACUGAAUUAUGCUUUGACUAAUAUACCCAGUCUCAGGAAAGUGAAGCUGAUGUUCUUCAAUAAAACAGAUGGUGAUAUAAUUUGGAGAAGCCAGUUGGAGAAAUUAUCACUUAAAGAUAAAAGAUUGGACGUUGAAUUUGUGCUCUCAGCUCCUAGUCCAGAAUGGAGUGGCAAGCAGGGACACAUCUCACCAGCUCUUCUUUCUGAAUUUUUGAAACGAAGUUUAGACAAAUCCAAAGUCCUCAUCUGCAUCUGUGGCCCACCACCAUUUACAGAGCAAGGAGUAAGGUUCCUGCAUGAUCUUAACUUUUCCAAAGAUGAAAUACAUAGUUUUACAGGAUAAUAAAGAUCUAUCAUUGUCCUUCAUUCAACUGUUUUGUCCAAACUUGUGACUGCUUAAGGUUUUUUAAGAGAACAUUUUGUAAAUACUAAAAAGGUUAAUAACGAGAAUUCAGGUCUCAAUUUCUUAUAUCAAAUAGUCCAUUGUUACAGAUACUGUGUCAGCUUUAUUUUGUACCACAACUUAUUUUACUACUGACACUUAACCUGGAAAGUCAAUCAUGCAACAAAAUACAUACAGGAUUCUUUGUUAUGAGUCACAGAGUUCCUUACCCUUUAAACUUUAUCACUGUUCUACUGUAAGCUCUCGUGUUUUGUGACAUGAUAAAGUAAAUGAUCAUUUUGAUCAUGUUUCUAUGCUGUAAAAUGUCUUACUAGCAAUACAGAAUUUUACAUUGCACUGUUAACUCAGGAAGUGAUCAUUUAGUCCUUGUUAUUACUUUUAAAAUAUGGAAUGUUGUAACUUAUUAAGUGAUCGAAACAAUUUUUUGUGUGUAUAUGGCAUUGUUACAUACAAUAAAAAUAUACUUAAGGACUUUUUAA